AUGGGUGCACUGUUAUUGCUUCAAGAUGUGAGCCACCGUGCCCGCAGUCCUGCUCCUGCAGCCGAGGAGCCUUCAAGGAGGCACAAAUGUAGCUUCUGCGGCUACUCCAGUUACUACAAGGGUCGCACUAGGGCCCACGAGAGAACGCACACCGGGGAGAAGCCCUACGUGUGCCCAGUGUGCUCGCAGGGAUUUUCACAAAAGGUCUCCCUGGACAAACAUUUGGUAGCGAUUCACGAGGGCCAGAGGAACUUCACGUGCUCUGUCUGCGGGUGCGCGUUUUCGUUCAAGGACACCCUGGAGAGACACUCCAAGGCAGUGCAUGAGGGCCAGAGGAACUUCACGUGCUCCGUCUGUGGGUGUGCGUUCCAACGGAAGGAUCACCUACAGCGUCACUAGAGGACGACAGUGGCUGCCCAUGCGGCUGACGUCGGCUCAUCUCCAUGGUUCGUUGGUGUGGACCGCCCUGAGCACAGCCCCGUACUUGGCAAAGCUCCAAAGAGGCUCCGGUGCAGUUUCUGUCGCUACUCCUGCGAUUACGUGUCUUAUCUUGAGAAGCACAUGAGAACUCACACUGGAGAAAGGCCUUAUCUGUGCAAAGUGUGCUUCAAGAGAUUUUCGCAGAGGGCCACCCUGGACAGACAUUCGAAAGCAGUUCACGAGGGCCAGAGGAACUUCACGUGCUCCGCCUGUGUGACCUGCUCUGACCGCAGCCCCGUACUUGGCGAAGCUCCAAAGAGGCACCGGUGCAGCUUCUGUCCCUACUCCAGCGAUUACAUGGCUCAUGUGAAGAUGCACAUGAGAAUUCACACUGGAGAGAAGCCUUAUGUGUGCCAAGUGUGCAACAUGAGAUUUUCGCAGAAGGCCACCCUGGACAGACAUUUGGAAGCAGUUCACGUGGGCCAGAGGAACUACCCGUGUUCCGUCUGUCGGUGUGCAUUUAAACGCAAGCAUCAUCUACAGCGCCACCUGAGAGUGCACCUUAAAUAAGGGUGGAACACUUACGGAUUAUACGUAUCUGCGUGAGCGUACUGAGACUCUGCUCUGCGUCAAGAUGUCUUCUGGUGUUGAUGUCAUUGGAAGAACCUUUCUUUUUUUUUUUUAUUAAGCUUCCUGUUCCUAAUAUUCCUGUCGCAUGAUCAUUGAACAGUGCCCAUGUAGCGUUUCUGACUAUAUUGGACAGCAGUUCACGGAACAAGCUUGCACGACGUUCAAUAUUUUGUGUUUUCAUUCUAACGUUACUCGAACUCAUCCUCGCUUUGUGCAAUAUUGUGUCAGCAUCUGAAGUGUACCCCCAGGUACCCCUGGAAGUACUAAGUGUCGACUAGACGAGGCAGUAAAAUACUGAAUUAAACGUAUUGCAUUUGAGUCGAAUGUCAUUUGCAUCUAAAGGCACUUGAGAUGAAGCAGAAUGUUCAUGAGAACUGCCAUAGACUCCCCACUGACCAUUCUGUGAAUGUGCAUGCAGUGCCAUGUAACUUAAACAGCGUUGUUACCCAUGUACUUGUCAGGGUUGCUUCCAGGGUUGCUAAGUAACUAAGUAGAAGUAUCUGAGUACGUGCACUUAGAUACUUUUUGUGUAUCUGGAGGAAAUAUUAGAUGCAUUUUCAAACACUCGCUUCUAACUGUAACUUAAUUACUUUUUUCAGUAACUCGUAACUUGUCUUUUUGAGUAUUUUUUGAGUAAAGACGACGAAACACCGUCGCCGAGCAGGAGGUGGCGCGAAGGGCGCGUGCCGACACCGGGGAUCCUCCAUGCGCGUGAGAAGCUGCAGCAACCCGUCGUGGCUCCCAAGCCGACACAAAGGCACGAGCUCCACUCCUCCUCACCCUUGCUGCACGU